AUGAGGGAUGAACCCAAUACUGAAGCUGGAACUCGAGCAGAUUGGAGUUCUAUGAACUAUUUUGAACAAUAUAUCACAACCGAAACCUUCAUGUCAUUCGUCAAUUUCACCAACCUCAGGUAUGUCCAAGAAAAAGGUAGAAAUCUAAAUGUCACGUUUGAAGAGAUGAAAAUAUUUUUUGGCAUCAACCUUCUCAUGAGUGUAUUGAGGUAUCCAAGGCUGAGGAUGUAUUGGCAGAAAUUCACACAGGUUUCAACUGUCACAUCAAAAAUGUCCAGAGAUAGAUUUACACAAAUCCGCACAAAUUUAAAAAUUGUGAAUGACCUAGAUGUGUCCCAGGACCAAAGAAAAGCAGACAGACUUUGGAAAGUGAGACCAUUCCUUACUGCAAUAAGAGAUGGAUGUCUGAAGAUGAUUCGCCCAGUAAGAGUAUGCAUUGAUGAGCAAAUGAUACCUUUUACUGGUACUGUCACAAAUCUGAAACAAUUUCUACGAGGCAAGCCCAAUCCAGAAGGAAUGAAAAAAUUUGUUUUGGCAACACCGGAGGGUCUGGUUUUAGAUUUCUGUGUGUAUCAAGGAAAAGGCACUACCUUUCAAACAGACUGUCACCUGACUUUGAAUGUAGCAGAAGCUGUUGUGGUGAAAUUGUCAGAGUCUGUUCCAGCCGGCUCUUGCAUCUACAUGGACAGAUAUUUUACAACUGAAAAAUUGAUCGAUCUGUUAGGAGAGCAGCAAAUAGCUUGCACAGGGACAGUAAUGAGGAAUAAGCUUCCAAAAUGUGAUUUCAUUUGCGAUAAAGAUUUUUCUCGUUUGCCAAGAGGUACCACUGAAAUGUUUGUUUCUCAAGAUUUAGAAAAGGUGUCAGUUGCUGUAGUGAAAUGGAACGACAAUAAGCCAAUCUAUCUUAUGUCGAGCAAAGAAGGAAAAACUCCUAUGGAUGAGUGUAGACGUUGGUGCAAGAAACAAAAAAAAUACAUUGACGUGUCAAGGCCCAAUAUUGUAACAAGUUACAAUCAAUACAUGGGUGGUGUGGACAUGAACGAUAGGCUCAUAUCCUAUUACAGGAACUUCUACAAGACAAAAAAGUGGACAUUGAGAAUUAUCAUGCAUUUUUUCACUCUGGCUGUUGUCAAUGCUUGGGUGCAAUACCGCAAUGAUCGAAAAAUUCUAGGGAGACCCAAAAAGGAAAUUUCUGACCUUAUGGAUUUCAUGAUGGAGAUUUCCGAGCAUCUGACAGAGUCAGGAGACAAGGAUAGUUCAAGUGAGGAAGAGCUUGAAGAAGAACAAGGACCUCCCCCCCAAAAAAGAAAACGUCUUCCUCCUCUACCAGCACGACUGAAGAAAGCCGGACAUAUGCCAGAAGCUCUUGAAAUGAAGAAUCCUGCAAGGUGCAGACGACCGGGAUGUAGUACUGGCAAAUCACGGAUCAAAUGUAAGAGGUGUGAUGUUUUCCUCUGUCUCACAAAGGAUAAAAAUUGCUAUGAACUAUUUCACCAAUAG